AUGCCGCUCAUCGGUCGAUAUGUCUCCCAUACGCAUGCCAAUCUGCCCAUCUCGCUAUGGAGCACCAUAUCUCUCACCUUCGCCCUCUCAUACCUGCAAAUCGUCUACGCCAUCUCCUUCAUCGCCCGUCCCUUCUGGAGCUCAAACUUAGAUUUCCCACCCUUCAGACAGACCAUCGAAAGCGCCGAGACAUUUGCCAUCAACAUCAUCCUAGAGAUCGUUCCAACCUCAAAUUAUCGCUCGCCCGCACCGACAAACUUCAUCAGUGAUGCCACAAGUCGCUGCCACCCAUUGAGCCUCAAUCGAUCGAAUCCCAUGAUUGAAACCUCUCCACCUGUUGUUCAAGGUGCCUUAGUGCAUGUAGUCCCACCUCAGAUGCCGCAGUGCUACCCCGAGCCCCGGAUUUCGCACCCGUCACCGCAACAAAAGGAAGUUCAAACCGAGACAAUGCGUUCCACACACACAGAACGGUUCAACAAGAUAGGCGACUCAGGUAAUUCAACCUAUGGGACCGCGCGGAAGGUCACUACAUCCACUCGACCCAAGCUAUCCACCACCCUUGAAGCGCACCGACAACAUCAAGCCACCAGCCAGGCAACGCAAUCCGAGCCCGUGACUGGCGCCCACAAAACCACGGCCGUCACAAAGCAAGAAGAGCACGAAGAAGAACAGCUUACAGUACAUAUCGUGGAGAUUUCGCAACCCGCCGAUCAAGCUUUAAGUUUGGAUAUAUCCCAACCCACUGCCCCCGGGCCUGUCAUGGACAUGCCAAAUCCACCAAUGGCAAUGGAUACGUCUCCUACCGACUCAUUUGACGGCCCCGGUCAACUCGAACCUGAAAUUGGUCCCCAGUCCGCCUCCUCCUCUCGCUAUACGGAUAAUACGAGCUCUCUAUCGUUGGAUGCCGGUCAUGCCACCAAGUCCCAUUCUACCGAGAGCUAUCCUGGAAAAUUCCCCGUCAGCGAUGGUAUGGAAUACAGCAAUUUGGCCACGGCUGAAUACGCGUUUCGGGAGAGGGGGACAACUUCUGUACGGCCUUUCUCGGAUUAUUAG